UACUUUGUAGUAUCUGCACAUUUAUAUCUCUUUUUUUUCUUGAUUUUCUUGUUCAGAAGACCAUCGUAUAAACACUCAAAUUCCCAUGUCAGCUCUAACCAGCCGACACAUUUAUUUAAAAAGAAAUUAUUGUAUUUUGUAAAGAAAAAUGGGAUGAAAUUUUAUUGAUCUUUGUAAAAUACUACAUUUGCUAAUUAUCAAAUUGACUCCUAUAAAAGAAUUUAUUUAUCCUUGAGAGAAUUUAUCGGCUCCACCAAAGUAAAUGGUGAGCGCAAAAGCCUUCUACUAUAAAACUUUAAACUACUUUUUCAGAAUAAUGAAGAAAAAUAAACAUAUAUUAGAGUGGUCAAACAUGGAUUCGCAGCAAGUCACUCUACUUCUGUGUGCUUUGUGUUGUAGAAACUAGGAAUUGAUCUCUUAACCGAGGAAAACUAAUUUAUCUUGAGCUUGACACAACACAAGCCCGUUACUCCUCCUGCAACCAACAACAUGUUUGAUUUGUCCACUUCUUAGAAGCCUCUAGUUAAGGCAGAGUCUUUCUUCAUACCAAAACAUUCCUUCCGCUUCCUCUUUUCUUUCUUCUCUCUGUUAAUUAGAAAAAAAUGUCAGCUUUGUGUCCAGUCUGCAACGUAACGCUUCCUCUUCCCCAAAUCGAAAGCCAUGUGAAUUCCCACUUCGACGACGACGAAAUCGAUCCACGAAUCGCAAGCGACCACUACUUGGCUCUGCAACUCGCCUCUGAUCCUUCUUCUUCAACCCCAAAGGAAGCUCCUUUCCUCGACCCACUUAACAAAACCGUUCCUUUUGCCUCCUUGGCGCGUUCACAGACCAAGAGCCCAUUCCACAUAGUUGAAAACGGUGGUUUGAUUUGUUUGCUUAAGACUUGCUUAGAGUCAAAGACCAAACCUUUGGAGUCCAAUACGAGUUUACUAUCGGGCUACGUUGAUCAUUUUCAAUCCACCAAGGAGGAUAAAGGAUGGGGAUGCGGGUGGAGGAACAUCCAAAUGCAAUGCUCUCACUUGCUUUCUCGUAGAGAUCAAGAAGUUAAAAGAGUUCUCUUUGGCGGCUCUGAGUUCGUUCCCGACAUCCCCUCGCUUCAGCGGUGGUUAGAGUUGGCUUGGAGGAGUGGCUUUGACGUCUCUGGAGGUCUGCAUUUCGACAAGCGUAUAUACGGUUGUAAGAAAUGGAUUGGGACUACUGAGUGUGCUGCGUUGUUGCGUUCUUUCGGGUUGAGAGCUAGAGUUGUUGAUUUUGCUCCUGAGAAGUCUCGGUCGAUGUAUCUUUCGGUUCCUGGCUCUGCUGUUGCGCCUAAGAGGAGGGGGUACGGUCCUAUGGAUAGAUACGUGGUUAGAAAGGGUGGAAGUGGGGUGGAGAAAGGAGGUGACUCUCUUGGUUCUAGUUCUUCUUCUAGGACCAGCAAAGGAGCGGUUUUGAUGGAAUGGGUUUGGAAUUACUUUUCGGACAACAGGUUGGAUGUUUCUUCUGGUGUUCAUAUCACGAAUAAAGGGCCUUUGUAUUUUCAACAUGAAGGCCACUCGAGAACAAUCGUUGGGAUUCAAAGACGGUUGCAAGGAACUACGUUUACUCCUCAGUACAAUCUCCUGAUUCUGGACCCAGCUGAUUUUACUAGAGGUAUAGAGAAAGCGCUUGUAGAUAAGAGAGGGUGGGAGGGGUAUCUUAAGAGAGGAGCUCACAGUCUGACGUGUCCCGAGUAUCAGAUGUUGUACGUUGAUAAUGGGAUUGCUGUUGGCGAGGAGUUGGAGCAGCUCAAGACCAUUGAUAGUCACUUUGUUGAAUUCUAAUGGCUUUCAUAAAAAAAACAGAAAAAUGAUUAUUAGAGGAAUCUUGAAUUGGUUGCAAUUUGUACUUUUGUAUCAUAACAAUUGUUAUUUUGGGAAUCAUGAACUAGUUGCAACUGUAUAAUUCUGUACCAUAUAUACAUUUGUUUGCUAAGUAAGCCAAUUUAAACAUUUUUCAA